AUGGGAAGCGAAAUCGAGGAACUCAAGAAGUUGGUUGAACAGUUGCAGAGUCAGGUGACACGAUUGAGUGACCAGGAGGAAGUUCGCAAGCUUCAAUACAAGUAUGGCUACUAUCUUGACAAAUGCUUGUACAAGGAGGUUGCCGACCUCUACUCGAACCACCCGGAUACGUGCGUAGAGUUCCUCGGGGGUCGCUACAAUGGCAAGGACGGCGUACAGCGGCUGUAUAUUGGCCGCUUCGCAAAAGCCUUCGUAAAUGGCCGUAAUGGCCCUGUCCAUGGUUUCCUUCUCGAUCACCCUCAGAUCCAGGGCAUCGUUGAUGUUAAUCCUGAGGGCACCCGCGCGAAGGGCCGCUUCCGAUCCAUGAUGAGCGCCGGCACUCACGACUCAGUAAAAGACACGCACCCUCGAGGGCUAGUACAGUGGUGGGAAGGAGGUAUCUACGAGAACGAGUACAUCAAGGAGGAUGGCAUAUGGAAGAUCUUCAGGCUGAAGUACUUUCCGUUCUGGCACGCCACCUUCGAGAAGGGCUGGUCUCACACGAAGCCCAACUACGUCCCUUUCCUCAAGACGCUAUAUCCCGAGGAUCCGAAUGGGCCGAACGAGCUUUGCGAGAACCCUAUGCUCUGGCCGGACUGCCGUGUCGUGCCGUUUCACUAUACCCACCCAAUUACAGGGGUACAGGUUGCUGAUGACGACCUUAGAGCUCCAGAGUAUGGCAAAGAUCCUAGCACCGGUGCACCCCCAUUGACGCUGAGCAAGCCUAAGUCAGAGACGUAGAUAUCUUUUUAUAUGAAGAACGAAUCGUGUUUCUUGACUUGAGCUUUAGUGCCACUGCUCCAUUUUGCGAUGACUACGAUUCAAGUAACUACUUUGGUCAACCCCUCGAUGGCCUCAUGCCUCAUGUACCCUUCAUUUUCAAAGAAUAAAAACGUUCUGCUUG